AUGUCCGGCCAACGACUGUCAAAUCUCGAGCUGGUGGCGUUAUGUGACAACUAUGCAUAUAAAGGUCUAGACGAAGGACUCUAUAAGCUCUACCUACCCAACGACCAACGACCGCACGGAUGGCUGUUCGCCUCCAAUGUCCAGCGGAUGCCUUGGUCUGAGGACUUCGUGAUUGACCACGGCCGACGGACCAUCCGACUCAGAGGGCACGCAAAUGCUUCCAGUGCAUCUACAGCCUGUAACUCCGCCUUCGCUGAAGUCAUCAACAAUGCCAUUGACAAGGACAUCUUCCGGACACUCAACAAGCAGCAUAGCGAGAUGUUUUCGAUCCUUGGAGCGAACUACCCUGUCCAGUUGGAACGAUACGCGGCUGACCUGUUCGGGAUCACGGCGAGAGGGGCGCAUCUUACUGUCUACACGAUGACUGGUGAUGGGAUGAGGAUCUGGGUGCCCAGGCGGAGUAUGAGUCUGUUUACGUAUCCUGGCAAGCUUGACACGACGGUUGCGGGCGGUGUUACGGCUGGUGAGACGCCGAUGCAGAACAUCAUCCGCGAAGCUCAGGAGGAGGCUUCGCUGCCUGCUGAGUUGAUUGAGAAGCACAUACGUCCCACUGGUGUGCUGACGUACAUCAGCUACGAGCUCGAGAAACCUGGUGGGAUGGAGAGCUGUGUCGUGCCGGAUGUGAUCUUCGUCUUUGACCUGGAAGUUGAUGCCAAUGUCACGCCUGUCCCUGAGGAUGGCGAGGUCAAGGAGUUCUACCUCAUGAGCGUGGACGAAGUGAAGGAGGCUCUAGCGAAGGAGGAUUUCAAGACCAACAGCGCUGUGGUGAUGAUUGAUUUCUUCAUCCGACACGGCAUCAUCACGCCGGAUAACGAGAAGGACUACGUGGAGAUUGUGCAGAGGAUGCAUCGGAGGUUGCCGUUCCCUGUUACACCAGACCAGAAGAUAUAA